AAUACCAGCUGAGAUACCAAUCCCUCUCCUUCGCGUUGUCCGUCGAAACCCAUCUGUUGUUUUGGUCUCUAAGAUCGCGUGAUCACGUCCGUUUAAAAUCAGUCUCGUUAUUUUCAUAUCUCACAUAUAUACGGCCUUUGCUUGUUCUUCUCCUUUCCUCCUUUUCUUCCUUUCUCCUCCUCUUCGUUCUCCGUCGAUUUUGCCUUCGUCCCCCUUACGUAGACGCGUGGACGCAAUAUUUUUUUUUUUUUCUCUUCUUUUUUCUCUCUCUCUUCAGGGAUCAUCUUCCUCUACUUUUUUUGUGGAACUUUGGAGAAAAAUAAAUACCCAACUUUCCGAUCGAUAGCUUGAUCUAAAAAAAAAUCAAAGGUAUACAUAUAUCUAUCCACGCUAUUCUCAGUGAUUUGACAGCCAAGCUAUUCGUCAAACUCGACAGUUCCCCAAAGAGCUUCCUGACAGAACUCGACGGAGACACAACACGGGAGACGCCAACAUGAGGAAGACGACGUGCAGCCUGAUGGUGGCCCUCCUGGCGGCGAUCGGCCUGGCGGCGGACCAGCCAGGCAGCCGGGACGAGCUGUGGGCGCCCUCCUUCGCCCAGGAGCCCAAAGGACACCCCGCCGCCCUGGACUGGAACGCCCAGGCCUGGCACGGCGCCUCACCCAUGCUGAGGCCCAGCCGCCCCUGGCCGCAAGCCGACGAGGACCUGGCACGCCCAGCGGCUUGGGAAGCGACCCCGCAGGACACCUCGCCCGACGCGGUCCGGAUUCACGACGACAGCGUCCUUGGCGGAGACUUCAGCGAGGCCGAGAAGGAGGCCAUUAUGGAGGUGAUGCACCGACGGGGCAGCAGCAGCAGCAGCAGCGGCGGCGGCGCCCCCUCGUCUCCGACCUCGCCCUCCUGGCUGGCCAAGCGGCAGACCCCUCGGCGCCUCGGCUGGGUGGUGGAUCUGUACCGCUCGGUGGCCCAGGGUCUGGACCCUUUCGUCCCUCAGGGCGAGACGCAGGGCCUCUCGGCGGCCCCGGAGAGGCGCUCGGGACGGCGGCCGGCAGCCUGUCGGUUCGGCCCCCUGGCUCUGGUGUGCUGGAACGCCGCCCGGCAAGUAGCUGUCAUAAGGCAACGCUCCAGUCAGUAUCCGCAGUGACUCCCUCGCCCCUCCUAGACCCGCCGGCACCAUCCUCAUCCUAAUCCUCAUCAAUAGAAAAACAACAAAGAAUAAAAAAAAAAAAAAAAAAAAAAAAAAAAAAAAACGCCAAGUCCCACCAUGCCAUCCUUCAGAAACAAACCUGUAAAACCAUGCUGUAAGAAAAAAGAAAAAAAAGAAAGAAAAAAUAAAGCAGAAAAUUUUAAAAUAACACCCAAAUCCUAGAGCUCUUUCUGCAGCUCUGUAAAGUCGCCGACAUGCUAGCUAUCGCACGUCAGCCUCGCAAUACCCAGCUCUAUCUAUUGUCAGCUACUGUUAGAGCUCAAAGCACCAUCACGCUCUCCAGCAGGCGACCGAGAGGGAAUCGUCAGCCAUGCGACCUUGUCGACGAAAUGCCCUGGGAUGUCGCCUGGGAAGAACGGCCGGAAAAAGAACAAAAAACGUGUUUGCAUCUUGCCUUUUGUUUUGCACAUAUAAAUAAACAAAUAUACGAGGAAACCAAUGAAUGAAUAAGUAGAUGAAUAAAUAAUUAUAUACACA